AUGGCACCCCUCCAAUUCGGCGUCCUCAUGAUUCCCUACCAAACAAUCGACGCAAUCGGUCCCCUCGACAUCCUCUCCAGUGCCUCUAAAACUAUCAUCGCGCCCUUCGAAGGGGCAGGUCUACCCGGCAUGAAAGGCAUGACCGCCAAAGCCAUCGACAUCGAGUUCCACCACAUUAACGAGACACUCGAGCCCCUGAGCCUCACUGCAAACGUGCGUCUUAUGCCCUCCACGACCUGCGAUACCUGUCCUCCACUUGAUUUCCUACUCGUAGGCGGUCCCGAUCCCUUGGCAUAUAAGCUAUCGCCGCGAUUUUCAGAAUUCAUUCAGAAACAUGUUGCGGAUGGAAAAGUCCUGUUUACUACGUGUACGGGAGCACUGGCGGUUGCAACGUCGGGGGUCUUGGAUGGGAAGAACGCAACCGUCAAUCAUGCAUUCUUGGACAUGGCCAAGCAGAUGGCGCCGAAUGUCAAAUGGCAGAAGAAGCAGUGGGUUGUUGAUGGCAAUAUUUGGACUGCUGGUGGGGCCUGUGCGGGAAUGGAUAUGUUUGCGAGCUGGUUAAUGACGAAUUAUGGGAUGGAUAUUGCGAAGUUUGCAUUUGGCGGUCUUGACUUCGAGCCGAGGGAUGUUGAAGGCGCUUUGGUGCUUCCUAGGCAGCAUGGUGUAGAAAGUGUCUAG